AAUGGGCUGAGGAAGCCCCUGCAGCUGUCUCAUGUCUAAAAAUCGUAUACCGGGGCCGACUCCUGGAUGAUGACACCACACUUGAAUCAAAUAAAAUCCCAUGCGGACAGUCCACCGUUGUACAUUUAGCUAUUAAAAAUGUGCAGGACGACGGAAAAG